CAGCAUCUCGACGUUCUCGAAACACAUUCAACACGCACGAUUCAACGAGAGUAAACCUUUCCGUAUUUAGUGUCGUCGAUCUCUACUGCGUCCUCGGGCUUGUUGUUGUGAUGUUCGAUUCACCGACAGACGAUUAUGGAGAUAGCUGAUGCCGGAGGUGGUUCUACACGGUUUCGAGUACCUGCUCUGUUCCUGUCGCUAUUGCUACUCGGAUGGACAGACCGCGUGUCGAGUGGUGAUUGCGGUCUGGCCGAGUUAACCUGCAGGGAUGGACAUUGUCUACCGAUAGACGCGUUCUGCAACGGGCAAGAUGAUUGCGGAGAUAACAGCGACGAGCCACCGAUGUGUACUCCCUGCAAUCGGACGUAUUACGGCCGAGAGGGUCGCACGUACAAGCUGGAUCUUCCUAGACCCGCAGAGGAACGUCUGCCUUUCUUCUGUCAUUUAACGUUCACCGCUGCUGGCCAGGGGUACGGAGAGCUGGUGCAACUGUUGUGGGACGCAUUCAGCGUAGGUAGAGUAGAUCCUAACACGGACAGCUUUCUCGCGAGCUGCCCGGAAGGUUCGUUACAGUUAGCGGAAUUAGGUAGACAUUUCACCGGUGGUUCGUGGUGCGGAGUCGGAGAAGGGACAGCUUCUUAUUACAGCGAGACCAGCGCCGUCACCGCUUCCAUACGACUGUUUCACGCGCCCCCCAUGGUACCGUUCGACUUCCGUUUGCGCUACAGAUUCGUAGCACGGAACGAAGCCGUGGCCAGGUUGGGGAAACCAGAACUACCGAUCGAACGGGGCUCCCCGGUGCCGGGCACGUACUGCUCGAGAGACUUCGACGAGUGCCACCUGAAUCAGUGCAGGUUGCAGAGCCCGAAUUAUCCCGGGGAGUACCCGAGGAACGCGAGCUGCAUGAUCACUAUAAGGCAGCAAGAGGUGCCCACGUGCAAGCACGCGAUGAUUUCCGUGAAAUCCACGCCAGCUGGACCAGCUGGCAUAACUACCACUAAUAGUACUUUAAGCGUAUGGCAAGACUGUCCUCCGGAGAAGGAUCGUCUAAUCUUCCACGACGGCGUUCGCACGGACGAUCCGAUUUUGUUGAUAUAUUGCGGAGGGCCUUUACCACGGAUCACUGCCAGAGGUCCGACGAUGCAGGUGGAGUUCAGAAGUUCCCCUAUACCCAUUCCUCUCGGUGCUUCCGCUUUGCGUAUCGAACUCGAGAUACAGGUGGUGUACGUCGAUUCCGACGGGCUCGAUUACGCGAAGGGCCCUCAGGGCUGUCACUUUUUUGUAAAUGGUACUAAUAAGAGGAGCGGCACGCUACGGGCACCGCUUCACGCACUGCCGCCAAACUCCAGCUGCACGUGGAACAUCAAGGGAUCAUCCGGGGACAGAGUGUGGAUUUAUUUUUCCUCGUAUUCUCAGAGAGAUCUGACGGGUAGCGUCGAGAACAACGCCAGCUCGCAGUCGGACGUAAAGAAUUGCGCGGUGAAAUUCAUAUUUUGGGACGGCACGCCGACUACCGGAUUGCCGAUGGCCACGCUUUGCGACGACACGCCCAAGCUGUGCGCCCACGCGGCGCUCAGGAACGUUACAAGAAGCACGAGGCCGUGCAAAGAUGAAGAAAGUUACAUCACGGUUGCGCCGUCCCUGACGUUGCGUAUGGAAACGAUGUUCGGUACUGCUCUUCACACCGUUAAUUUUAAUGCACAAUACGAAUUUAUCUCGACCGUUCAAGUUGGCGAGCCUUGGGGCGACGGUGUCUGCAGCAGGGUCUGGCGUAAGGUACGAAGCGGCGAGAUCACGACACCGCGGGAUGUUCGACUGUUCGGCAGAGGUGGAUCCUCGAAGUUGGAGUGCAGAUAUCGAAUCGAGGCGGGCGUCGACGAAAGAGUCAGGCUGACGUUGCAUAACGUCAGCUUGGGAGAGUCGACCGUUUGCACGAGCGAACCGGAUCCUCAUACGGGGCGACCACGUUGUGUUCAGGAAGUGGGCUCUAGAGAGGCUCGUUUAGUUUUAUACGAAGCUCCUUGGUGGGACGUGAGGCUUCCCAGAGCUUGUUUAUGUGAUAACACGUCUCAUCUUCCAUUGACGCACAUUUCCUCGAGCAGGGCUCUGGAAAUUACAUUUCUGGUCGACCAGCAAGCGCCGUACGAAGACUUCGAAACGCUUUUCUUUUACGCCAGCUUCGAGCUCGUAAGGGCACCCGAGUGCCCCAGGAAGCAGAGAGUACGCGGAGAAGGUGGCGAGUUACGAUUCGUCGCGCCUCCAUUAUCCAGACCAGACAUCUAUUGCGAAGGACUUCCCUGGUUGGUGGAGGCACGCGAGAACAGAUCUCUAUUCGUGUUAACCUGGGGUUGGUUUCUCCCUCUCGAACCGUUACCAGUAACGGAGAUGACCGAGCAAGUAAAGUGCCCGACUACCAACAGAAUCCUCCUUUACUCUGGUUGGCCGCCGAAACUGUUGAAGGUGGUGUGCCCCGCGGAACCGGGCUCGAGGGAGUUCACUGUUCACGUUUUCUCCGAAGAGUGGUUGGUAGGAGCCGACGAAGGGAAAUGGCCAGGGCCACCUAGGCCUCCGGCGCUUCUGUUGGACUUCGUCGCGAGGGAAUCUGGCCAGGCUGCAGCCUCGUGGCUCGAAAUCUCCAAGAGCAGAGCCGCGCUGCGCAGACAGUUACGUUUACCCGAGAGGGAAGUAGAAAGCGAAACCUCGAUCCACAAGGACUGCCCUCACAAAUGUCCUGAACUGAGUGCCUGUAUCGCUGCGAGUCUGUGGUGCGACGGAAGAGCUCAUUGCCCGUCUGGACACGACGAGGCGGAUUGCGGUAACGGCGCCAAAUUACUGGGACUUCUUCCUUCGGAGAUAUGGCUCGUCCUGGCGGGCGUUGCUGGAAUUAUCGCUGCCUUCGCGUGCUUUUUCGCUGUGCUCAUCAGCAGGUCGAAGACGAGUACAAAGGGACUUCACUAUAAAGGUACAAAGAAAAGCAAUAGACCGAGACGGGCGCCAACAGAAGAGACACUUCUCGGUGCAGCAUCCUGACAACAACAACCCGGUUUCGUGGAAUAUAUUCACGUGGACCGGGAAACAACUGUUUAGCAAUAUUUCUAUGUGCUUCACCGUCCACUAACUUAACACUGUCCCCAGGUAUCACAAUCCACCUUCAAGUACUUUCUUUUCUAGUCCACGGUAAUUAUGUUUCUUUAUUCCCAUCUUUUAGACACCGUUAUCGCUAUACACCUUGCUAGGAUCCAUACUAAUUAGCAUUCCAUUAGAACGACGACCUUAUUAACGAUAUACAGCCAUGUUCUGUUCCUUCGAACAAGAAGGAACGCAACCUUUGUUUCCUUUGUUUAAGAUACGGACACAUAAAGCAGUAGCGAUAUCGCUGUUUUUAUUAAUAUUCUACUAUCAUAUGCAGACUGUAUCGAGAUAUAUAGGACCCACUCGAGCGGUGGAUUACAGAUACAAGAACAAUGAAACAAUUCGAUGUAACCACAUUUCCUACUUCAUCUCGUUUCCAAGGUAUUUUCGUAUCGACAAUCCGCCGCUGAAGCGUAUUCUACAUGUUAAAAUACAACCUGUAUAUAAUAUUAACACGAUUACGUUACGUUCGUUGGGUAAUUUGGUUUGCUGGUGUAAUGUUUUACGAACCAAAGAGGUCGUAAGUGGGAAUAAUAUAAUAUACAGGAAUACAUCUAUAAUUUAAAAGGUAUCACACACAUUGCUCAAAGAACAUCGUAACUGCCAAAGAAUAUUUUAAGUUUAAUUAGCAAACUGUGAAAUUCCUAGCAACGAUAGAAAAGGUAAUAGACAAAGUAUCGGGGAUGUAAAGUGACAUCUUUAUAUUUUAAUCUAGAGAUAUCUUAAAUUUAUACGAGGAAAUUUAAUUGUUUAUUAUAGACAUAUUUUAUCAACGAUGCCAAAGAUUGAUUUUAAAUAUAUUCAAUGUGUUCGGAGUUUUCUCGUUCGGAGAUAUUUUUAUGACGUCUUUUCGCUUUUUAAUCAUCUCGAUCGAUCUAAUUCUAUGUUUUGAAGAGAUUACAUUUAAGGUGUACGAUUUUAAAUAAAUUUUAUUCGAUUUAAAAGCUCGCUGAAUUCACGGAGAUUAUGUCUCGGCGCUGGCAAUGCUGACGUAUCGUUUUUCCGUUUACUAAGCGUAGAGGAUUACGUAAAUAUAUACAUUUAAGGGAACAAUUGUAGGUGAAGUUCCAACGCACAAGAAAUUGAUCGAAAAAAAAAUGAAGGAAACAAAAAAAAAAAGAAGAAUUAGUUAACAAAAAUUUAUGGUACAAUAUUAUAUAACAGUGUUUUCCCCGUUUCUACGAAGAGCCACGAAUACAAGAGGAUAUUUUUCAAAUUUUCAAACGAUAUUUUAGAGAUCACCCUAACUUAGCAAACGUUUUUUCAUUGUGCAUUUAUAUUUACUUGAAAACCAAUUUCUUUGACUCACAGUAACGUUAUAUAUAUAUAUAUACAAACAAACAAAAAAUAGCGAAAUAUAUUCUUAUUAGCUAAGUAAAAUCGAAGAAAUAGUCGAACUAAUUAAAGUAUAGAAUAGUGAGGCGUAGAAGACACCUCUGCAAAUAUUCUAAAAGUUACUCAUAAAAAUCGCUGUUAUACAAUAUUUAGUACUAUAGUUCAUAGUUGCACUUAACAAAAAAACAAAAGAACAAAAAAUAAAUAGGAUCAACGUAGCUGUGACACAAAGUGAUGGGAGAUAACCGACGUAAUUUCUAAUUAUAAAUCACUCGAUAACGUUAGAGGAUUGUUAAAGUUAAUUGCCGUUACGUGAACAA